CUUGACUGGCAAGGCACAGUCUGUGUAUUCUGCCCUUACAGUGCAACAAAGUUCGAGUUAUGAUACUGUGAAAGCGGCAAUUUUAAAUGCGUAUGAGUUAGUCCCUGAAGCCUAUCGUCAGAGAUUUCGUGGCCUUCGCAAGUCUGACAGGCUUACGUUUGUGGAAUUUGCGCGAGAGAAAGAGAAUGCAUUUGAUAGGUGGUGCACUUCACAACGUGCACACACCAGAGAACAUCUUCGUCAAGUAAUCUUGCUAGAAGAAUUUAAAAGCUGCAUUCCAGACUCCGUAGCGAUGUAUAUAAAUGACCAAAAGGUAACAACAUUGGCGCAAGCUGCUGUCUGUGCAGACGAAUUUGUUCUCACGCACAAAACCUCUUUCAAUUCCUCCUCUUCUCGGCGUGACACAGCUCAGCCUCCCAGUUCGCAGCAGAGCUGGAGAAAUUCCAAGUCUGACAGUCCACCGCAGAAGAUUGAGUCGCGGGAAUGUUUUUAUUGCCACGAACUUGGUCAUCGUAUUGCAGCAUGUCCUGUUUUGAGAAUGAAGAAUUCGAAACCCCCUCCGAAGCAAAAAUAUUCGAAAGGUUCCGGUUUUGUCCGUCCUUUAGUUCAGUCAAAUUCGAAAAUCGAUCCAGUUUAUGAGCCGUUUGUUUCUGUAGGCAUGGUCUCAUUAACGGGGUGUGAGCAAGAUAAUAUUCCUGUUCAAAUGCUAAGAGAUACAGGCUCCGCUCAGAGUUUCAUACUGGCUUCUACGUUAUCAUUUUCUGAUGAAAGUUAUUGCGGUUAUGACGUACUAGUGCAGGGAAUUGACAUGGGAAUUUUGAAGGUUCCAUUACACACUGUCCAUAUUAAAAGUGAGUUAAUUUCUGGUUUUGUCAAAGUAGCUGUUUGUUCCCAGUUGCCCAUGGAUAGCAUCCAUCUCCUGAUCGGAAACGAACUUGCACAUGAAAAAGUAAUUCCUCUUCCUGAAGUCGUUUCGAACCCGUCUGAGUAUACUGAUGUAGAUCCUAGCCUAUCUGAAGUCUUUCCAGUGUGUGUAGUGACUCGUGCUCAGGCACGUAAGUCCAGCUCUGCCGAUUUAUCGGAUUCAUUUAUGUCAUUUGACAAUCCAGUUGUGUCUUCUCCCGAAUCUUCGGAUUCGGCACGUCGGUCGCUGUCCACGUCAGAGGGUGCUGAAAUUCCAAAAUCACCUCGUUCCCUGUCCACUUCCGGAGGUGCUGAAAUUUCGAAAUCUUUUCUGUCUCUGCCUGUUGACAGGGAGCUGCUCUGUCGUGAACAAAGAAAAGAUCCGUCUUUAGCUAAGUGCCGUGCUACAGCUGCAGAAAAGAAAAAAAUAGCGAAGAAAUCAGUGGCAUAUUAUUGGGAAGAUGGCUUGCUAAUGAGGAAGUGGAUUCCCUCUCAGAGUGAGGAUUUGGGUUGGAAUACUGCUUAUCAGGUGGUUGUUCCUGCUAAAUUUCGGCUGCACGUGUUAACACUGGGGCAUGACCAUGAUCUUGCAGGUCAUUUAGGGAUCAAGAAAAGUUACCAUCGUAUCCUGCGUUAUUUUUUUUGGCCUGGCCUAAAGUCUGACGUAGUGAGACACUGUCGUUCGUGCCACCGCUGCCAAAUAGCAGGGAAACCAAAUCAGGCUAUUCCACCCGCUCCACUUCACCCGAUUCCAGUCAUUAGUGAACCAUUUGAACGGAUCAUUUUAGAUUGUGUAGGACCCUUGCCUAAGUCAAAAUCUGGGCAUCGGUUCCUGUUGACCAUUAUGUGUGCCGCUACUCGUUACCCAGAGGCUAUUCCGUUGCGCUCGCUUAAGGCGAAGCCAGUUGUGAAAGCACUUAUUCGUUUUUUCUCGACCUUUGGGCUGCCAAAAGUUGUUCAAACAGAUCAGGGAUCCAAUUUUCUGUCUCGCUUGUUCAAGCAGGUGUUACAGGAGUUGUCCAUCAAGCAUGUGAUAUCCAGUGCAUACCAUCCAGAGUCACAAGGGGCUCUGGAGCGGUUCCAUCAAACCCUGAAGUCUAUGUUGCGCACAUACUGUUACAAUUCUGCAAAACAGUGGGAUGACGGCCUCCCAUUGUUGUUGUUUGCUGUGCGUGAAACGACUCAGGAGUCACUAGGUUUUAGUCCCGCUGACCUGAUCUUUGGACACACUGUUCGAGGUCCGUUAAAAUUGUUGCGUGAACAGCUGGGGUGUGAGACCACUGCUCACAAACAAACUAACAUCCUGGAGUACGUCAGCUCUUUUCGUGAGCGUUUACAUAGUGCUUGUGCAUGUGCUCAAAAAGCUUUGUCUUCAGCUCAGUCAAAGAUGAAGACUCGUUAUGACCGUAAGUCUGUGCACCGGUCCUUCCAGGCUGGCGACAAAGUUUUACUAUUUCUGCCAGUGGCUGGCUCCGCUCUACAGGCUAAGUUCUCAGGGCCUUACAAAGUAGAGUCCAAACUUAGUGAGACUGAUUAUGUUAUUUGCACGCCUGAGAGAAGGCGAAAAACUCGUGUAUGCCACAUUAAUAUGUUGAAGCCGUACAUUGCUAGAGAGUCUGAGACAGAGGUGGACGAGUGUCCUGUGUCUGUGGGUUUUGUGGUUCCUGUGGUCUCCUCCUAUUCCCCAGAGGAGGAUGGCAUAACUUUUCGUGAUGUCCCUGUGUCUUCUCCUAGGCUUCAGAAUUCUGAGAUUUUAAAAGAUUUGAAUGACUUUCUCGCUCAUUUGUCAGAUACACGCGCUAAGGAUAUUCAGCUGCUGAUACAAUCAGUUCCAGGUUUAUUCUCAGAUAUCCCUUCGCAGACUAAUGUCCUUAGUCAUGACAUUGAUGUGGGUGACCAUUCCCCUAUCAAGCAACACGCAUAUCGCGUGAAUCCGACAAAGAGAGCCAUUAUGACUUCUGAAGUCCAAUAUCUUGUUGAUCAUGGGUUUGCUGAACCUAGCUCGAGCUCGUGGAGUUCCCCGUGUAUCUUAAUUCCAAAACCCGAUGGAACAUUUCGUUUCUGUACUGAUUACAGAAAAGUGAAUGCAGUGACCAAGCCAGACUCCUUUCCUCUGCCACGCAUGGAAGACUGUGUGGAUAGAGUUGGCUCAGCACGCUUUGUCACCAAGCUUGACCUGCUAAAGGGAUAUUGGCAGGUUCCCUUGACAUCUCGUGCUGCAGAAAUCUCUGCAUUUGUUACCCCAGACUGCUUUAUGCAGUAUUCAGUCAUGGCAUUUGGACUCCGCAAUGCGCCUGCUAGUUUCCAACGCCUGAUGGGUAUCGUCUUAGCGGGCGUACAGAAUUGUGAGGUGUACUUGGAUGAUAUAGUGCUACAUUCGUUCUCUUGGCCCAGUCACCUUGAGCUUAUCCACACUGUGUUUCAUCGUCUGCAGGAUGCCUCUCUGACCUUGAACUUGGCCAAGUGCGAGUUUGGUAAGGCUACUGUGACCUACUUGGGCAAACAAGUAGGCCAAGGUCAGGUACGUCCUGUAGAGGCCAAGAUUCAGGCCAUUGUUGAGUUUCCGAUUCCCAAGACUAAGCGUGAGGUGCGCCGUUUUUUAGGGAUGGCCGGCUAUUACCGUAGCUUUUGUAGAAAUUUUUCUGAUGUUGUGUUGCCUCUUACAAACUUACUUCGUACCACUGCUGAGUUUGUAUGGUCUGCGGAUUGUCAAGCUGCCUUUCAAAAUGCUAAGACUUUGCUGUGCAGCUCUCCGGUGCUUGCAGCUCCACAAUUUGAAUUGCCGUUUAAACUUGAAGUUGAUGCUAGUGGAACAGGAGCGGGUGCUGUGCUCCUUCAAGAGGGAUCAGAUGGACUUGAUCACCCUAUCUGCUACUUCUCUAAAAAGUUCUUAAAACACCAACUGAACUAUAGUACCAUCGAGAAGGAGGCACUAGCCCUGUUGUUGGCACUUCAACACUUCGAGGUAUACAUCGGCUGUACCGCAGCACCUGUAGUUGUACAUACAGAUCAUAAUCCCUUGAUUUUUCUCUCCAGGAUGAAAAACACCAACCAGCGCAUUAUGCGUUGGUCACUCUACUUGCAGGGCUUCAACCUGGAGAUAAGGUAUAAGAAGGGGUGUGAAAACAUUUUGGCUGACACAUUGUCACGCACUUAUCAGCAGAUUGGCGCAGCUGAGGGGUGGUGUGAAACCCUAUGACGUCAGGGUAGCCCGGCCCUUUAAAAGGGGGCUGACGUCAUUGAGCUCUCUCGCUGGCUAGCUGUGGGGAUCGUUCGUUGCCACCGUCGCUGCCGCACAUCGCUGCCACUAGGGCCAGCCUCGGGCCUUGCCCGAGCAGCUUGCCGUCAUCUCUCUCACUCCCUGGGGUGAGAGACCAGGAGUGAGCGCCUGGCCGCCGAGGCCUACUUUGUAGGCCGUGUUUUUCUUAAUUUAGACAUUUUUCCAUACUGGUUUUUUUUGUAUUAAUAAAUACACCAUUUUCUUAAGUUUUGUGUC